UGGAUGAGGUUGCGUGUUGAGUUUUAUUCAUUGUAAGUGAUCGAAAUGUUUCGCGUUUUGUGUCACCGGAAUGACAUUUCGUGAAUUUUUUAUCAUCAUUAUUUGUGAACGACAUCCAUAUUAAAUACAGGGUAAAUGACAGUUGAAUAGUCUUCUGUCUCAAGUGGUUGAAUUUUAGUUGUAUUUAUUUUUCGCGCCGGUUUUCAAAUAUUCAACAUAAUUGGAUUAAAAUAAAAUGAGCAGUUAUCAAGUGCAAGUGUGAUUUGCAUUAGAAAACACUAGGAUUAAGUGUUUAAAAGUUGACAUUAAGUGAAUAAAUGAUAACUGUUUAAUUGAUCAUUCGAAUGUUUUAACAAUCAACGUUACAUAGCGUAUUGGAUUGUGAUUCGAAGAAGAGACUGAUUUUAGUUUCUCUUUAGUACACAAAUGUUUUAUGAUUAAGUAAUGUUAGUAAUGAUAUAAGUGCUCAGUAAAUAGUGCAUUUUUUAAGUGGAUUUUUCUUCCCUUAAAUUCAUUGUUGUCCGAGAGAAUCAAUCAGCUUCCAAGAACGGGCAAGUUUGUAUAAGAGAACAAAAGAGGUCACUGGCGCGGUAGCGCAGUUGUUUAUCUCAUGCAGAGGUUUUAUUUGUCAUUCGCGAGAUCAACUAGAGGGGAAUAAACUUUAGACAGGUGAAUUUGGCUGUUGUUCAAUGGACCUGGACACGAUACAAUUAAUCAACAUAGUAGUUCAAGUGUUUUACACAUAAAUGCAUAAAUUUACAAGACUUAAAUUUUCACUAACGAAUUGGUCUCUUUCUAUACAAAAUGAAAAUGCUUGAGAGUGUAUUCAUGACUGUGUAAAUACACCAGUUUAAUAAAACGACUUGGAUUAUAGUGGUUUCAAGUGGUGAAAGACAAGGGAAAUAGAAAAGAGAAUGCUUCUAGGAUUAGUUUGUUCAAAUUUUAUUAUUAAAUUUGAUUUUAUUAUUCCAAUUUAUCCUAAUGGAAUGAACAUUAUUUGAAUAUUAAAAAAACUGACGCCAAAUCCAGUCGUAAAUAAUAUGUUUAUGAGAUGAUAUAUGCUAAAAGUUUAUUCUAGAAGCACUUUCAUCUACUAAGGGUGAAUUGUCUCAUGAAAGUUAGCUAUAAAUAUAUCAUAAUAAAUGACACUAAUUCAUCCUAUAAUUACAUUUCAAAUACACCUGAGUUCGUGAAAUUAAGUGGACAAGUGUACAGUUAAACUAUAAAAAGUGUAAAAAAUUUUAAACUUGUGUGUUUCAAUGCAUUGUGUAGUUUAAAAGAUUAUUUUUUAAGUUAAUGUAUUUCUAAUAAACUUAUUGAUGGAAAUGAUCGAAUCAACGAUGAAACAACAAAUGUCUGUUGGUUGCGGUAAAACCAAGGAUCACGUUAUGAUGUUCCUGAUUAUCUUUAUUGGUGUUUGGAUUUCAUCGGAAGUUAAAGGAGAUACAACUCAGCAGUCUUUCAGGGUGAGACCGGUGAACAGCUCGGUUCAAGAAGGUGGUAGAGUGAUGAUACCAUGUGUCGUUGCAAAUAGGAUGGGAAAUGUGCAAUGGGCCAAGGAUGGUUUUGCCUUCGUCAUUCAACCUAACGGAAAUAUCGUGGGUUAUCCAAGGCUCAAGUUGGAAGGCAAUCAGAAUGCUGGUGUUUACAAUUUGACAAUUAGAGAUGCUUCAUUAACUGAUGAUGGAGAAUACCAAUGUCAAGUGGGACCUUAUGGUAAAAUAAAAGCAAUUAGAGCCAACGCCCAUCUAACUGUCAUAUCACCACCACAAAAAGUUGAAAUCAGCAACUAUCCGAACCAGGACAAAAUUGAGUUAAGCGUUGGUGAGUCAAGAAGUCUAGAGUGCACAGUCAGCUUUGCAAAACCAGCUGCUACAAUUGUAUGGUAUCGCGGGAAUUCUGUGAUCAAAGGAGGCGAUACUUCCAUCAUACCAAUCGCUAUUGAAGACGACAAGGAUAUACAUGGUGACUCAAGAAAAAAAAUACAAAAGUUUGAUACUCGAAGUUCAAUAACUAUUGUACCAACUACAGACGAUGAUGGAAUGGAUUAUGCUUGUGAAGCUAAACAUCCAGCUAUUCCUGUUGACAAACCAAUGAGAGCUGUAGUGAAACUCUCUGUUUUGUACCCACCUGGUGCGCCUUACAUUGAAGGAUAUAUCGUGGGUGAGCCUGUACAACGAGGUCAACGAGUUGAACUAACGUGUAAAUCUCGAGGUGGUAAUCCAUCUGCUCAGGUGGUGUGGUUCCGGAAUAAUGAACUAGUAAGCAAUUCUUACAGUACGACGUACAACAAUGUUGCACAAAAUGUCCUCAUAUUUGAAGCUAAAUCAGAGGACGAUAAAGCUCGUUAUCGAUGUGAAGUUUCCAAUAUUAUGAGUGUCGUACCACAAAAAGUACAAGUGGAUCUUACUGUUUUAUUUCCACCAGCUUCAGUAAUAAUUACCGGACCAACUGAAGCUAAAGCUAAUGAUGAAGUCACUCUUACUUGUACUACUGAAAAUUCCAAUCCUGCAGCAGAUAUAAAAUGGACUGUCGAUGGUAUUGCAUUUAAUACAGCCAAUAUGUCUACUAGUUUAGCCACAGGAGGUGGUUAUAUCACUACGUCUAACAUUACCUUCAUCAUAAAUCAAUCCUCACGAAGCAUCGUUGUAAUUUGUCAUGCUUCAAAUAAGAAACUUCCCGACCAAACUAUGAAGACUCAUACUAUCAAUGUUAUAUAUCCACCUUCGAGCUUGACUAUUACUGGUUAUGAGGAAAAUACAGCUAUUGAUGCUGGUACAGUUUUAAAAUUACUCUGCGUUGCAACUUCAGGCAAUCCACUUGCCAAUGUCACCUGGUACAAAAACGAUAAAGAGAUAAAAGGUUCAAUCUGGACUCAAGAUCAUGCUGUAUCAAACGAACUCGAAAUUCUCGUGAAUGAGUAUGAUAACAAUGCACAUAUUAGAUGUGAUGCUGUUAAUUCCGCUUUGACGAUUCCGAUGAGUAAAAAAUUCGUGUUGAAAGUUAAUUUUCCACCAGCACAAGUGAAAAUAACACGUGAGCCUGAGGAAUUCCGUGCUGGAGAAAAUGGAAAAUUAAUUUGUGAAUCAAGCUCUAGUAAUCCCGCAGCUGAAAUGUCAUGGUGGAAGUCAGGUAUUGCAGUUGAAGGAACAAAAAAUACAACACGAAUUGGUCUACAUGGUGGAUUUGUUUCUACUGUUGAACUACAGCUUUAUCUAACUGAAGAUAUGAAUGAAGAGCUUUAUACUUGUCAAGCGAGAAAUGCAGCUAUGCAACGAACAACUCAUGAUGCAACGACUUUAAAUGUUUUAUUUAAACCAAUAUUCACGUCAAUGGAUCCCAACGAAUUAGUAGGGAUGGAAGGUGAGCCUUACGUAAUCUCUGUCACAGCUAAAGGAAAUCCAACUACAAUAAAUUUUACGUGGGUUCGAGACGGAUUGCCUUUGAGCAAAGAUAGUUCAAGAAUUAGAGCUCGAGACUCAACCUUAAAUAUAACCAAACUUCAUCGCAAUGAUGCUGGUACAUAUAUUUGUCAAGCAACCAAUAAAGAAGGCUCCUCAUUCUAUCAACUCAAUUUAACAGUUCAAUAUGCUGCGGAAAUCAAACGAACGUCAGAGUCUGGAGUCGUAUAUCCAACAGACACGGAAGCAAGACUAUUUUGUGAAUUGGAUGGCAGUCCCAUUGGUGAUGAAUACGUAACAUGGUACAAAGUUGGCUCAACUUCCGAACUGUCUAGUCGUUAUUCAACCUCCUUUACAAACAAAACCUCCUACCUUCACAUCAGCAACCCUAGUGAAGAAGACGUUGGAGAGUAUCGUUGCAAUGUUAACAAUGGAAUUGGAAACGUCACAUCAAAACCUAUUUUAUUCAUCACCAAUUUUGAACCACAAAUUACCAGUACACCUUUGAUGCGAAAAGCUGCCGCGAAUGUAAAAGACGAUGUGAAAUUAUAUUGCAAAGCACGUGGCUCUCCAUUGCCAAAAUUCACAUGGACGUUUGGCGAUAAAACUAUUCAUCCGAAUGCAACAUUGGAUAAAUAUAAAAUUACUCGGAAAGAACUGUCCAAACUCGAAACACUAUCGACAUUAACGAUUAUUCGAGUAAACCAACGGGAUUACGGAAAGUACCAUUGUCGGGCUUUUAAUGAUAUGGGACAAACAACAGAUGUUGUUCAUUUGGAUGUGACAUCGCCACCUGAUCAGCCAAAUGACCUAGAAGUUUACAAUGUAACUCACGACAGUGUAACACUCACGUGGAAAAAAGGGUUCGAUGGCGGUCUACCAACUUCUUAUCGGAUUCGUUGGAGACCUGCACUUGAUUACAUGGAGAAUUAUAAUUAUGUAGAUAUUUCAUCUGGAAGAUUUAUGGCAACAAUUAGAGGACUUGACUUAGGAACAUACUAUGUCUUUAGCAUAAUGGCAAAAAAUGCUAAAGGUGAAAGUCCAUAUUUACCAGAUAUUGUCAAAGUUCAAACGUUGAGACCUAAUAUGGGCGAAAGUGAUCGAGAAGUUUCCUUGGAGAAAGGUGAUUCUCCAAUGAACUAUGUCUAUACUGUUGCUGCUACCUCGAUCAUCUUUUUCAUUAUUAAUCUCUUCAUCUUAUUAUGGUACAUUGUCCGAAAGAAAAAUAAGGAUCAUAUCAACAAGUCGCAAACCGCUGACAUGUAUGCCCCAUCCACGGUGAAUGGUGACACAAUGACAGGAGAGUUGAGUUCAGUAUCGGACGAGAAGAGCGACGUUAACUUUGACGCCAAUGAUUACGUGGUCAGUGCGAUCAGUCAGUAUGUUCUUAGUAACAAGUAAUUAU